AUGUCAAAUUUUCAUCCUCUUCACGAACAAUUAUUAUGUGAAUGGAAAUUAAAACUUUCAAAGACAGAAAAUUUAUUUCCAUGUCCAACAUUAAACGGGCUUUUUAAAGAUGAAACUGAAAAUUUUGACAGUUUUACACAAAAUUUGCUGGAAGUCCAAG